AUGGGUCUCUUUGCCAGUUUCCUCGAUUCGUUCUGCGAGCACUGUUCCAGCCAGUCCAUUUACACCCUGGCUGUGGUCGGUGGCUUGUCCUUUAUCGCACUGUCCGUCGUGGUCAAUGUCUUGCGCCAGUUAUUUUUCAAAAACCCCCAUGAGCCCCCAGUGGUCUUCCACUGGUUUCCUUUCGUUGGAAGCACUAUCAGCUAUGGAAUGGAGCCAUACAAGUUCUUCAACACCAAUCGCGCAAAGUACGGUGACAUUUUCACGUUCGUUCUUCUCGGCAAGAAGACUACCGUGUAUCUGGGCACAAAGGGCAAUGAGUUCAUCAUGAAUGGCAAGCUGCGCGAUGUUUGCGCCGAAGAGGUUUAUUCGCCACUGACGACCCCUGUCUUUGGCCGCAAUGUUGUCUACGACUGCCCUAACUCUAAGCUCAUGGAGCAGAAGAAGACCUGGAAACUGACCAUGCCCAAAUCAAAGUUUGUGAAAUUUGGCCUGACCUCCGAAGCGCUUCGGUCCUACGUUCCUCUGAUCACUAAAGAAGUCGAUAUGUUUGUCGAGAAAUGUCCUGCAUUCAAAGAAUCUAAGGGUUCUUUUGACGUCUCCAAGAUCAUUUCUGAGAUUACUAUCUACACCGCAUCGCGAUCCCUCCAGGGCAAGGAAGUGCGUGACCGCUUUGACUCGACUUUUGCCGACAUGUACCAUGAUCUUGACAUGGGUUUUGCACCGAUCAACUUUAUGCUGCCCUGGGCUCCGCUUCCCCACAACCGCAAACGUGACGCAGCUCAGAAGAAGAUGACCGAAACCUACAUGGAAAUUAUCCGUGAGCGUCGUGAGGCUGGUGGCGAGAAGAAGGAGGAGGAUAUGGUCUGGAACCUCAUGUCAUGUGUUUACAAGAACGGUGUCCCGGUCCCUGACGAAGAGGUCGCACACAUGAUGAUCGCACUCUUGAUGGCUGGACAACACUCCUCAUCUUCCACCGCUGCCUGGAUCGUUCUGCGUAUGGCUACUUGCCCCGAGAUCAUGGAUGAGCUUUACCAGGAACAAAUCCAAGUCCUUGGCGAGGAUUUGCCUCCUCUCACCUACGAGAGCCUCCAGAAAUUGGAUCUUCACUCCAAGGUCAUCAAGGAAACUCUUCGCAUUCACGCCCCUAUCCACUCUAUUAUCCGUGCUGUUAAGAACCCUAUGCCCGUGGAGGGCACACCCUAUGUGAUCCCCACCACCCACAACGUCCUCUCCUCCCCUGGUGUCACCGCGCGGUCGGAGGAGUGCUUCCCGCAGCCUCUCCACUGGAAUCCCCACCGUUGGGAUGAGGACUCCGCUCCCAAGGACGAGGACGAAGAGCAGAUUGAUUACGGCUAUGGUAUGGUCAGCAAGGGUACAAACAGCCCGUACCUCCCAUUCGGCGCUGGCCGGCAUCGCUGCAUUGGUGAACAAUUUGCCUACGUGCAAUUGGGCGCCAUUUUGGCCGCACUGGUACGCCAGUUCAAAUUCUCCAACCCGGCUGACCGUGUCGGCAUCCCGGAUACCGAUUACUCGUCUCUGUUCUCGAAGCCCUUGGGCAAGUCAUAUGUGCAGUUUGAGAAGCGCGGAAGCAAAGAAUAG